AUGGCGACUACUAUCGCUCGAGUCAAUACAGACACUAGCACGAGGGUGCAGGACUACCUCAACGAUCAAUUCCAGAGCAUAUCAGACCUCGAGAACAUCGACAGUCUACUUGCGAAGAUCCAAGAACAGCAGACAUUACUGAAAGAACAAUUGGUCAAGGCGAAGGAAGACCAUAGGCAUGCCGAACGAGUCUUCGAGGAGGAGAAAACAUCGCUAAGUGAUCGAGCAAGCCGACAGCAAGCCGAUCAGACUGACCUCACAAGAAGAAUUCAGAUCAUCACUCAGUCGGAGGUCAGCGACGAUGCUAUCCGGAAAUUGGACGAGCCUCUGCAAAAACUUCGAAGAAUCGAGAUAGCAGAGCAAUAUGUGACAACUUUACAGCAUGCCGGACGGCUAGAAGAUCAGGCUCGCUCCAGUCUGCCUUCCAAUCCCGAAAGAGCUAUACAAGCAUAUCAGUCUCUGCAACGUCUAGUCUAUGAUGUGGAGGAUGCUCAGUCUGCUGCUGAGGGGGCUGCUUCUCAGCUGGUGCUGCAUCUCUCCAACAUAGCUGAGGCCCUGUAUCAGUCGAUCAAGCAUGAUUUAGAAAAUGCUUUGCGAAAAACACUCGACAAGAUGAAAUGGCCUGCCAAAGAAGUGGCCUUGUUACAACCCUUGGUCGAAGAUUGGUCGAAACAGGCCAAGCUUUUGUUGCAACUACAAGAGCCACGAUUACUUCGUGCUCAUGCUGAUUCAUCCAGGCAGAAUCUGCAAGAGCCAAUUGUUCUUCUUCCACUUUCCGUUAUGGUAUCCCCUUUGGCUCAACGUUUCAGGUACCACUUCUACGGAGACAAGCCGACGAACAAACUGGACAAACCCGAGUACUUCUUCGCUCACGUCUUGGGCCUUCUCGACCAACACAAUGGCCUGGUGACAGACCUGUUGCAACCAGUAUUGGACAGUCGUGUGCAGCAUGAUGAUUCUCUGGAUCUUGUCUACACUGAUGCUGUAUCCUCUUAUAUCUCGGCCCUACUCCCUAUGCUGUCGGCGAAAUGCCUGUCAGUCUUACCACAUCUUACCUCUCAACCACAACUCAUGUCUCACUUUGUACGCGAGACGAUGUCUUUCGACACCACACUACAACAAUUUUGGGCUUAUAAUCCGUACCCUGGCCCUCUGAGUGAGUGGAAAGGCUUGGCUUGGGAUAUGCUCACGACGCACGGCUAUUUUGAUUCGUGGCUCAACCUCGAGAAGAAUUUCGCCCUGCUUCGGUACGACAAAAUUAUCGACAAUCCUGAUAGUAGAUCCAUUGAUUACGAUGGUGUAGAGCAAGGCCGUACAAAACCUACCAAAGGUGCAAUUCGCAUCAAUGACCUGCUUGAAAAGAUCACCGAGCGUUAUCGAAUGAUCUCCUCCUUCAGCCAAAAGAUGAAGUUCUUGAUGGAUAUCCAGCUUGCCGUCUUCGAUAGGUAUCAUCAGUACUUGCACGAGCAUUUCAGAACCUACCAGACGCAAUCACACACGGCUGGUCGCCUUGCAACUGGAAGUGUCACGGCAGGUGAAGCUCUCGGAUUGCCUGGUCUGGAGAGCCUAGCCAAAAUCUUUGGCAGCGCAGAAUACCUCGAGCGCAAGAUGACAGACUGGAGUGACGAUGUAUUUUUUCUCGAGCUGUGGGAAGAAUUACAAGAUCGAGCGAGUCAGCAUCAGGGCAUCAAUGGUACUGUUGGUCGUGAUCUUAGUGUUGAAGAGGUUGCCUCAAAGACAUCAUCUACCAUAAGAAACACUGAUGACAUCCUCGAAAAUCAUACUGGUGCGCUAUUUGACGAGACAGCAAGUGCCUAUCGUCGAGUACGGGAACAAAGCGAGUCGGAGAUUGUGCGACUUCUUCAGAUCAAUGCUCACAAUUCUCUCAAAUCUUUUCAAGCCAUCUCAAUCUGGACAUCCCUUUCCAUGACCACCUUCGAUCUAAUGCAACUGUCCCCUUCUUCAGUUCUCGAUAGCUUCAACCAGACCAUGAUACCCCUGCUUGACUUCGUUGCCAAAGUUCUUGCUCCUACUGCUUUGCGGCGAGUAGCAAAGCAACUUUGUCAUAGCAUUCAGGAAGAAAUCCUCGAUCGUCUCGUCUUGAGAAACAGUUUCUCUGCCGCGGGCGCAAACCAGCUGAGACGAGACAUGCUCGCUAUCAGCUCGACGAUUGACUCCAAUAUUAGGCUUCGUGAUGAGGCUCAACGGCAUUUCGUCAAGCUCAACGACGCCCUCGUACUACUAUCACUUCCGAUUACAGGUUCAGGCUCUCAGGUCUCUGACACAGAUGGAGAUGGUUGGGACUUUGAAGUCGAUGAGAAUGAGGCCGAUGCCGACGCUAAUAACGAAGCACCACUAGAAGGCGGCGCAUGGGGUUUGUGGCAAGCUGAGAGGGCAAUAUUCGCUGAUAAUGCGUCUGCACGCAAGGCAUUGCAAUCUAUGGGUCUGAUUGACCUUUCCGAGAGCGAAGCACGAAAUAUCAUCAAGAGGAGGAUCGAGGUGAAUAGCUGA